ACGUUUCAGGACCAGCCAUGAAAGCGCCACGGCGAAGAAAUAGCUAACAGUAGCUGUUGCUAGCUAUUUAGCUAGUUAUUGUUUAGAAAUAGUCAGCUAGUUUAACUAUUUAUAUUUGUUGAAUGAAUCCCACGAGUUUUCGCAAAAUAACUUCACAUUGCUAGCUACUAGGGAUACUCAUCUUAGUAGCUAGUUACCGGUUUAACGUUUUAUCUAGCGCUGUUGGAGAUCAGCUAGCAAAUGUGUUCGCUAGCUAGCUAUUAUUGCAAAGCCAUCGUAAGGGAUUCGGCAAGUGGGGAUGAGAUUGUUUUGACAGCCAAAAAAUGUAUACAUUACUAUAAUAUAUUUCGCGAAUAUAUGUUGCUUAGCUACAUAAUCAUCCAACACUGACCAAUGGCUAACGUUAGCUAGUUGAUAUGGAUUCCAUGCCAAGUGCCAUCAUUCACUCAAGGCAUAACGUUAUAAGAAGAACAUGGUCACCAUGGAUACAGAAGGGGACCAGAACUCAGGCGCUGCCAAUGGGAACACGCCUUCUGGGGGGAAUUCUCGUCCAAAUCAAAUAUCCCAAAUGUCUCUUUAUGAGAGACAGGCAGUGCAGGCUCUUCAGGCCCUGCAGAGACAGCCCAACGCAGCUCAGUAUUUCCACCAGCUGAUGCUCCAACAGCAGAUAAGCAACGCCCAGCUCAAAAACCUGGCUGCCGUGCAACAGGCCACCCUUGCUGCCAGCCGCCAGUCCAGUUCUCCCAGUGUCUCCCAGGCCUCCAGCACUGCCCAUUGCACUGUGAAUUUGAGUUCUUCUGCGGGAGGAGCCAUGACGAAUACGCGUCCCCUUGGUCCCGCCUCCUCUGCAUCAUCGACACUCAGCCAAUCCGUGCUGCUGGGUGGGAACACGGCAGGGCAGGGGCAGAUGUACUUGAGAGUCAAUCGCAGGGCACCACUCUCUUCUCAGCUCAUCUUCAUGCCUGGCGGCACGGCAACCGCUGCUGUGGCAACUGUCGCUCAACACCAGCCCCAGCAACAGCAACAGCAGCCGCAGCAGCAGCAGCAGCAGCAGACACAGCAGCAGGAAGUCACUCCCCCCUCGUCCAGCAGCCAAUCAGACAGUGAUCAGGUGCAGAACCUGGCUUUGCGUUGUGUUUCCAGCCCCAGACUUGCGGGCGUGAAGGCUGAAUGUCCCGACCGGAAGGAGACAGUUACCUUCUCCAUUGUUCAGCAACCCCAGCAGCAGCAGCAACAGGCCCAGUUUCCCCAGACUACCCAGCAAACCAGCAGCCAGCAGCAGAUUCAGCCCCAGCCCCAAGUGCAGAACAAAGUGGGCACGUACACCCAGCCCUCCACACCCACCCUCCCCAGUAUCGGCAUCAAAACCGGGGCUCAGUCCAACAUGGCUCCCCCCUCAGCCCCUCCUCUCUCUCCCUCCUCCUCCCAGUCAUCCUCCCUCCCGAUUUCCCAGCUCCUCCUCUCUCCUUCCGCCUUCUGCCAAGCCCGUGCCGUCACCACGGUGACCUCGGCCGCCACCGCGACGCACAUCCUGGUCCCCACGUCCACGGCGCCCAGCCCCUCCCAGGUCUACCCCGGCUCCUCCGGUGCCGCCAAGCCCAACAUAAACACUCAGACUCUGGUGGUCCAGCCGCUGCAGCAGGCCAACGCUAACAUCAGCCAGGAGAAGAUGGCCCACACUUCUAGCCCUGUUCCCAUUCAGCCCAAAACUGUGCAGGGCCUGCGUUUGCCCCUCCAGCUCCCUCCCCGGCACCCGCCUCCCAUCCUCCCUGCUCCUCCCAGCAACACCCAGUCCAGCGCUUCACACCCCCCACCGCACGUCCCUGUUCAGCUGGUGGGCGCCAGGCAGGAUUCUUUAGGAAACUCCCAGGCUUUGGCCUUGGCCCGGGCCCGGAGCUGCUGUGCCCAGGACAGUGGGGCCUUGAAUAAUUCCGCGAAUUCCAAUGUUGUUACUAUGGUAACUUCAAUGGCAACGGGAGUGGGUGUGGCUGGAGGGGCGGGCCUAAAGUCCCCCCAAACUGCUCUCCCAUUGACUCAGAUCUCUCAGAUUCACCUCCCUACUAAUCAGAGUCCAGUUCUCAACCCGAAUCGUUCCUCUUCAACCACUUCCUCCUCCUCAUCCGCUUCAAUUUCUUCCUCUCCCUGCCUGUCUCUCCCCCUCCCUGCGGAUGGGCAGAAUACUGCACCAACAACAGUGCCUCCCACUGGGGAUUCUGUGUAUGUGCAGCCUGUGCAGUUGCAGGGAAAGCCCGUCAGUGGAAGCUUGAAGAGGAAGUCAGAGUCUGAUGUAGCCAAUGAGAUGGCAGCUGGCUCUGCUCCUCUCUGUGCCCCCCCGCUGAGAGAAAUCUCCCCUCCCCUCUCCGCCAUCGAUGCAGCGUCUGGCACUGCCUCCCCCUCUCCUCCAGCGCUCUCAAUGUCCCGCGGGGGCCAGGGGGAGAGGGCGCCCCCUCCACAGGCUGUGGUCAAGCCCCAGGUCCUCACACACCUGAUCGAAGGCUUCGUCAUCCAGGAAGGAGCCGAACCCUUCCCUGUGACAGGACCAGUGAAGGAACGAGCUGAGGGGGCUUUUCCCGUAGCGGUCCCGCCCACGGCCCCGGCAGAGUCCGAGGCUCCCACAGUGAUGAAGUGCGAGUACUGCGAAGGCUUUGCUCCGGCCAACCAGUUCAGAGGCUCCAAACGCUUCUGCUCCAUGACCUGUGCCAAGAGGUACAACGUGAGCUGCAGCCACCAGUUCCGCACCCGUCGCGGACGGGCCGCCCGCGGAAUAGUGGCGGGGCCUGGGGGGCCCGAGGGGAUUCUGAGACGCAGGGGUCCUCGCAGGAGCAGCUCAGAGAUCGCCUGCGCUAAAAUAGCAGGGAGACAUUUGCCUGUAAAGUGUCGGUCAGAGUCCAGUCGGUCAGAGGAUGUCUCCAGCUGUGAGGAAGAGGAGGAGGAAGACUCCCUGUCCCUUUCUCCCAGCUCCUCCUUGUCCUGCCCCAGGCCGGCCCACUGCGGUCCCCAGUUGGAUGGCUCCACUGCUGGUGGUCUCCCAUUGGAUGGCGGGCACUUUCUUUCUGGCAGCCCCUCCCACUGGAGUGUGGAUGAAGUGUGUCAGUUUAUCUCCUCGCUGCAAGGUUGUGAAGACCUGGCCGGUCAGUUCCUCUCACAGGAGAUCGACGGGCAGGCCCUGCUCCUCCUCCGGGAGGAGCACCUCAUGUCCACCAUGAACAUCAAACUGGGGCCAGCGCUCAAGAUCUGCGCCUCCAUCAGCAACCUGAGGGACUGAGGAGCGCCCCGCUCAGCUCCCACUCGGCUGCCUUUCCCUGGAACACUUUUUUCAAUUCUGUGUUUCCUGAAAGCAGAGGGGAGGAAAGAAACAGAUAGGAAUGGGAGGAACGGAAGAGUUUUUGUCUGAAGGAAUGAAGAGGGACUGAAGGGAGGGAUUUGUGCUUGUGUGAGUGUAAGAUUUGUGUGACUGUGUGACUGUGAGCGAGAGAGAGACAGUGUGUGAGUGUGUGUAGUGCGCGUGCGGACGCCUGAUGUUGUUUGCAACAAAAUAUAUUCCCAUGCUUGUGCUCUGUGCGUAUACAAUUAUAGAAGGUAAUCAUCAUCAUCAUCAUUAUCAUUAUCAUUAUUAUUAUUAUUAUUAUUAGCGUAUAUGACAGUAUAUUUCAAGAGUCAAAACGAAAAGUUGCCUUUUUACUGUUACAAUGGUGCUUUAAUGAAGUAAUUAAUUAAUAGUGGUAGUAUUGGGAAUAGCAAUACCUCCAUUCCUCCAUACCUCGAUUCCUCCAUUCCAAAGUUAUGAUGAUGAACCUGCAUUGCUUGGCAUUCCAUGUGGCUGGUUUUUGGGGUAAUGCUUGUUAGUGGACUGAGGUCGUACCAGUGAGAUGUUGCAAGGGGGGGGAAAGCUUGAAUUCCCUGGAUUGUUUUUUGUUUUUUUUCAAAAGUGGGGUCUGGUUCCUAGGAUUUCUUUUGUAUUAAAAUCAAUACUUUGCCUUUUAUGAUUUAUGAAGAUUAUUCUGAGAAUAGGUAUUACUCUGCUUGUGUAUCUACAUGUGUGGCUAGGGAGAGCUGCCUCCUGCUUAUUAUGCUAGAAAAAUAAACAACUAUUGCUGAA